AUGUCGGAUACCCCAGAUAGGAAUAAACCUGGCAAACGUGGAACACGGAUUUCCCUUUCGUGUGCACAAUGUCGCUACAAACACCUUCGCUGUGAUGGACGUAAGCCUGUCUGCUCGCGCUGUGCCACAAAUACAGUACAGUGCGUUUAUCCUCUAUCACGGCGACGUGGAAAUCCAAGAUCGGCGAAACCCCGGUCGCCUGUCAGAGAUGUCUAUGAUAACGCCGUCGAGACAUCACUGCAAACCUCCACUGUCUGUUCUUCCUCUUCUACCGCUAUAAACGGGGAAAUUGAAUCAACUUCCAACUCAGCUCCUUCAUUUUUGAGUUUGUAUUAUGAGUUCUUUCACGCGGCCCAUCCUUGUGCCUUACCUUUUCAAGUUCUCAAGACUCGGCUCAACGAAGCGAAUAUUCAACCUCUGCUUCGAGUGAUGUCUUAUAUCGGAUCUAUUUUUGAUAUUUCUUGUCCGUCUCAAUUGCUAGAAUCUUGUGCUCAACGUGCUCAGGACUCAGUGGUCGAAAUUCGGUCAUCAAUCCGGCCUCUUACACCAUUUGACGUUCAAGCUCUGUUGCUUUAUUCUAUCGCUGUCUACUGGUGCAAUGAAACAGAAAGUGGUGUGGAGCUCCUUGACGAAGCAAUUCGCAUGGCAGUAGCCCUUGGGAUGAACAAAACGGAAUUCGCCCGAAACCACGCUGAAGCUGAUUCUGUACUAGAGGAAAGUUGGCGCCGAACUUGGUGGGUGAUUUAUAUCACCGAUGCCCAUGUUGCCGGAUCUACCCAUACGUACCCGUUCCGAACAAGUGGCAUUGAAAUCACUACCGACCUUCCUUGUGAAGAGGAACAGUAUGAAAUAGGGGCCAUCCCCACCCCACGAUCCCUAGAUGAUUACGAGAACAGGGAAUUCCUUGACGAAGAAAAAAGUGAUUUUUCCUCCUAUGCGGAGCUUAUUGGCUUGACCCGCGGGAUUGAUCGGGCCUUGUCCCCGGGCAGCAGUGCAUAUGAUCAAAUAUACACUACAAUGGCUGCUAGCUGCGACACUAGUGUUCGAGCAUGGUGUUCUCUUCUUUCUCCUGAAAAGAGACAAUUAAUUCGUCCCGAUGGAUCAUUUGAUGAGGUCAUGUUCAAAGCAUUCUUUAUUAUGCACACAUACACUGUUGAAAUUCAUCGACCGCUGUCAGCGUUAACUCACAGUGCGAUCGAAUCUGUGUCGCGCUGUGCUCCAUUGGCCCCGUCAGCACAUCUAAAAUGCAGCAACGCGAAGGAACGUGACCUGCAUACUGUCAAAUGUACACAGGCUAUCAAUAGCAUUGAUGAACUGUUGACUCUGCCAACUAAUAUGACGGCCCAUUCUCCCUUCAUCAUUUGCAUGAUUGCCAAUGUGACUAUUGCACAUCUGUCCGCUUGCAGGUUCAUCUUUUCUGGCGACCGGCGAGCCAAAAGCCGAGAGAAGAUUCGUUUGACUAUGGGCACUUUGAAGCGUCUAAGUGAGCACUGGACACUAGGCAAACGGACCUACCGUGAGAUUGGGAUUAUCGCCCGAGAAUUGCUAUCUCUCACAACGGAUCCCUCGGUUGGUUUGGAUGCCGUUGACCUAUCCCUUCCGGGUCCAACUUCACCUGCAUUCCCACCAUUGGACACCUUACCUGACGCCAACUUUGACCUUUGUGCCUUUUUUGAUGCGGAUGCUCUUGGUCUAACCGAAACGAGUUCAUUUAUUUUACAAUAG